AUGACGCGUGAGUUUCUCCACUUUAUUCAGAAGAACCUGAACGAGGCCGUCGAAGGCGCCAUAGAAGAGGUGCUCUGCAGCUACCCUUCCAAAUACGUUUCACAUACUGUUGACACUUUCAAUGUUGACCUGACUUUGUGGCAUGUAACAGCGCUAGAGCUUCAAAAUAUCCCGUUGGUAGAAGGCACCAACUACAUUCAAAUGGCCAGAGAGAUGGAAGGGAUACUGGUGUUGGGCUCGGGACCAGACAUGAAUGAUGGCAACUGCAGACUCGUAUGUACAGCUAGCAUUGAGUCUCAGCUUUCUACGGAACUCUUUGAUCAACCAUCCUUCUGCUCAUGCUGUCUGGACGUUGAGAUAACUAGAGUGUCAGUGGAGCUCAAAGAAAUCUCGAGUUGCAAGGUGCCUCUUAAAAGCGGUUUCGGUCACCAGAAAGAUGUGCGGAGUCAAGUCUUGCAAGACAAGACGUUCGAGGGACUUCUAGAUUGCUCAGGAUUUCAAGAGACCAACGGUAAACUUGUUUACGAUCUUCAAAAGAGAUUUAUCAACUGUCGUCUUCCAGAGUUAGGACCCACAUUCUACUCUGAUAGCAUGAGUCGGACCUAUGAGCUUCACUUUGCAGUCACUGUCGGGUGUGCGGCCCAAGAAUGUUCCACGACCUUAAAGGCCUCGAUUGAGAUCAAUAUUGCCAUAAAGGACGACAUCAACAAAAUUGUCUCGACCAAGAAACCAAAACAGAGAACAGGUGAUAUUUUUCAUGUUGUGUCUUUACCUAAAAGUUCCUCUACCAUGCAUGAUCUCAAGAGAAUUGUGGAGCAAAGGCUUGGCCAUGUAGGUGUUGACUUCUCGGCCUAUCACACAUAUUCAUGCGCAUUGAAUGGUGCUAUCUUUACAUUGUUGGUUGUUAAUCUUUCGGGAAAGAACAAGAGCGCUUUGUUUAAAUCGGACUUGAAGGAGAAGAAAGAUGAAGUCGAAGAGAAUGGGAGCGUCAUGGUAUACUCGAACGGUGCUUUCACAAUAUGCUCCUCUGGUACGACGUUGCAAGCCCUUAGAAUGCUACAUUUGACGCCUGACAACGACUCGAUUCCUCUUGGACUUGACAGAAUUCAUAAUGCCGAAUCUAGAGCCCUCGAUCAUUACGCGGACUUAUUAUAG